AUGGUGCAACGGGGUAGCUUCACGCAGUGUAUCGACGCCUUACUAACACUGAGGGGAGAGGUUGAUGAGCCGGUUGGACUUCGAAAUUUAAUACGGCAGGGGCUGUGUUCUCACAGGUGGUGUUCUCUCCCCGACGAUGCACCCACGACCGAUCUCCUUUACCGAUCCCCCGCUUAUUUGGUCAGAGACACCUUGGUCCGGGGCACGCUCUCAGGAGGUGUGAGUGGGGGCCAAAAGGGGGCCGGGAGCUGCGGGCUUCAGACCUGCGGGGCCGGGGUCGGGGUCUGCGGAAUAAGUUCCAGCGUGAAUGCAAGGGGCGUUUUGAAGGAGGGGAGUUUGGCGCCUUUUGGUCCCAGUGGAGACGCCGAGGACCCAGGCGGGUACAUCAGGACCGGUACCGACCGCAAUGUCAUCAAGUCGGUGGCAGAGUUGGUGGACUUGUCGGAAGCUUUGCGCGAGAGUCGGAGAACUAUCCUCUCCUUAAGAGAUGAAUUGGACCACCAACGAGAAGCUCACGAAGAAGCCAAACAACGCAACGCAGAACUGAGCAAAGCCCGACCAUUUCCCUCCUCCCUCGCGCAGCCCGUCGCUCACCUUAUGGCGUCGGCUACCGGCCUUACGACGCCCGUACAUCUUCGGGACGCGACUCACCCGGAGCCGGCUCGCCCCCCUGAGGGUUAUCUGAGGGUAGGUGGUGUCCUCGGAGUAAAUUCCCCCGAAGGGGUGUGUACCCCCGGAGGGGUAGGUAUCCCCAAAGAGGUGGGUACCCCCAGGGGGGUCGGUACCGCUGGAGGGGUAGGUAUCCCGGGGUCGGAGGUCGAUCCACUCGUGUUGGCCCGCAACACCGCGCAGCUAAGCGGUCACUCCGGCGGCCUCAUUCAACUCCACCAUUACGCAGAAGACGUCUCGGUCCUAGACCCGCACUAUCGACUCGUUCAGCCGCGGCGGGUGCUUGAGGACAGCCCGCCCUCAGCCGAAGUCAAGACGGCGCGAGACCAGAAGAUGCCUCUCGCGCCUGGCCUGACAAGAGUUACCGAGCAAGACGUCGCUACCAAGAAAGAACAGACUGAGAAAGAACGAGCUGGGCAAGAACGGCCGAAGAUCCCUACCGCACAGAUGGAGGCCCAGGUGCUCAGGACAAUGCAGCCCGGGCUGCCUUUGCUCAAGCAGGUCAUAGCAAGUCCGAAGACACAACCAGGCAUCCCACCCAAGCCGUCCCCGAAGCCAGUCGUCGCCGCUGCUCCGGCGUCCGCCCCCAAGCCUGUCCCAGACAGUCCCGGGCGCAUUCCCAAGGAGGCACCGGCUGGGCCGGCAACCAAGCUCGGACCUCAAGCGCCUCCAGCCAGCGCCCACGGCACCGGGCUGAUCAAGCCAAGUUCGGGUGUGAAGCCCACUCUUCAUGCGGGUCCUGGAAUGCAGCCGAGCUCUGGUCUGAAGCUGGGUCCCCCUUUGAAGUCCAGCCUUGAUGCGAACCCUGGCGCUGCUGUCAAACCCAGCCGUGGUCUGAAGCCAGGCCCUGAGUUGAAAUCAAGCCCUGCCGUGAAGCCGGGCUUUGAGCUGAAACCAGACUUUGGUGUGAAGCCAAGCCUGAAUGUGAAAUUGGGUCCUGGUAUGAAGGCAAGCUUUGAUGUGAAACCCAGCCUUGCUGGGACGCCUGGCCUUGAUCUGAAGCCCAGCCUUGGUGUGAAGCCGAGCCCUGGUGCGAAGCCCAGUCUUGGUGUGAAGCCCAGUCUUGGUGUGAAGCCCAGCCUCGAAGUGAAACCCGGCCUUGCUGCGAAGCCUGGCGUUGAUGUGAAGCCCAGGCUUGGUGUAAAGCCCAGCCUUGAA